GUAGUGUCCCUCACAAGAUUUAAAGAAAAUAUGUUUAGAAGAGCGGGCCAAAAUCACACCUGAAUACUGCGGCCCGAUAAUUUCUUCAUACAGGAAGUGUCAUGAAGCGUCAUUACAAACAAACGCUUCUCGCUAAGUAUUAAAUACAUUUCAGUUAGCGUGUUCAAUGCUUUUCCCCGUGUCACUCCUCUUUAUUACACAUUACUUCGUUUAUGGACUUUAAUGUAGUGAAUUAUUUAUAUUUGUGGAUUUCUUGAGUUAAUACUGAUGUCUGGUGAAAAUUUCAUCUGAUUAACCUCAUUGGAAAUAUAUUUACUGAAAAUAAAAAAAGUUGACGUGUUCAAUACUUAUUUCCCCUCCUGUAUAUGCUAAUUAACAUGUCUGUCAUUCUGUUGUUCCUGUAUUCACAUUUCUUCUGACAUGGUGUUGGUGUGUAUCAGCAGUUGCUCCCACUGCGUCCGGUGUUCGUUCUGUAACGGCCAAACUUCAUCACCCCGUUUCCCUCACCUGUGACUCCAGAUGUUCUGGUGUACUCAAAUGGAGCCUGGUUAAUAAACCAGGUAGUGUUCUGGCUCGGUGUGAUCAGACCUCCUGCAGGCCGGAGGAGGGAUUUAACAUCUCUCAUGAUCAGUACCUGAAGGGGAAUCCACAUCUCACCAUCACUGCAGUUGAUUACAGUGCGAGAGGAUUGUACACGUGUCUGUGUGACAAUAAGGACGUCUGUAAUGUGCGUCUCCUCAUCGAGAGUAAGUACACUUCUGUUUGUCCAAUUGGUCCUAAAGGUGCAUCGGCUCCUUGUGUCAUUAGGUUAGGAGGGGUGAAACAGCCCCAGGUGGACCCACCGGUCAACCUCUAUUAUGAGCAAAGGACAGGGCAGUAACCAGCGAUCCACUUCAGUUUCCGGCCAACGCGGGGGCGAAAUCUCCAAGAUGUAUGACCAAGGGCUGCGGGAGAGAGACUCAGCUUGUCCCACCUGCAAGAAGCUGAGCCUCAAAGAAGCUUUCUUCUGCUCUCAGGAAUGCUUCAAGAGCAGCUGUCGGGAGCAUAAGAAACUCCACCGGAGAGCCCGUGCAGAGACCCAGCCCGGGAUCGAGAGGGUGACCUCGGAGCGCCCAUCAGAGGUCAUAGCACCAGAGCCCCAGCUGCAGGUUAACCUGGUGACCUCAGAGCUUGAACCUGAGCCCCACAAGGUGGGCUCACCUGCCGAGCUCCAGCAAGAGGUCAGCGUGGAGGCACCAACACCAGGCUCUGACGUCCAAGCCCAAGUCAAGUCUCAAGCUUCUGAAGUCCAAGUCCAGUUUCAAGUCCCUGAGGUCCAAGUCCAAGUCAAGCCUCAAGUCCCUGUCAAGUCAAGCCUCCAGGCUCUGAAGCCCAAGUCAAGCCUCCAGGCUCUGAAGCCCAGGCCAAGCCUCCAGGCUCUGAAGCCCAGGCCAAGCCUCCAGGCUCUGAAGCCCAGGCCAAGCCUCCAGGCUCUGAAGCCCAGGCCAAGCCUCCAGGCUCUGAAGCCCAGGCCAAGCCUCCAGGCUCUGAAGCCCAGGCCAAGCCUCCAGGCUCUGAAGCCCAGGCCAAGCCUCCAGGCUCUGAAGCCCAGGCCAAGCCUCCAGGCUCUGAAGCCCAGGCCAAGCCUCCAGGCUCUGAAGCCCAGGCCAAGCCUCCAGGCUCUGAAGCCCAGGCCAAGCCUCCAGGCUCUGAAGCCCAGGCCAAGCCUCCAGGCUCUGAAGCCCAAGUCAAGCUUCCAGGCUCUGAAGCCCAGGCCAAGCCUCCAGGCUCUGAAGCCCAGGCCAAGCCUCCAGGCUCUGAAGCCCAAGUCAAGCCUCCAGGCUCUGAAGCCCAGGUCAAGCCUCCAGGCUCUGAAGCCCAGGCCAAGCCUCCAGGCUCUGAAGCCCAAGUCAAGCCUCCCGUCCCUGAGGUCCAGGCCAAGCCUGCUGAUCCAGUUGACCAAGCUCUGCUAAUGUCUACGCCCAGCCAAGCUCCGCCCGCGCCCCAGUCUGCCGACACGGCCAGCCAAGCUCCGCCCGCGCCCCAGUCUGCCGACACGGCCAGCCAAGCUCCGCCCACACCCCAUUCUGUCGACACGGCCAGCUAAGCUCCGCCCA